GACCUUGCACUCGCACUCAGGAUAGCCCGACACUCUUCCUGUACUGCGUGUGAUUCUUGUCCUGGUCUGCGACCCCCAGCAAGCGUCGAGGUGGUUCUAGAUGAUGAUGAUCAACAAAAGUCUCUACUCGGCGAUCUAACACAAUACGGCUCCGACGAAGAGGACGGCCCCUCAUAUCUCGAAACGUGUAUAUGUGGCCACGAUGUAGCAGCCCACGGUAGUCAAUUAGCCACCUUAGGACGGGAGGAAUUUUCACGCAGAGCACGCCUUGCAACUCGUCUUGACGAACUUCUCCAAGAGGCAGACAGGCAACUUGAUUUCAAUUAUGCAGAUGAAGACAUCGACUCCCUCAAGCAACAAAUG